CUUUAAAACUAAACUUCUCUUCCUAUUAACACCAUAAAACUGUUUAUUACUCAGGAAAAAAAAAGAAAAACAUUUUGCAAUUGUUAUAAACACUUGUGCCAUCUUCAAUUUCUUUCAUGAUGGCUUACAGUCUUAAUUCGACGAAUCAUUCGAAGUCCAUUGAAGAUUUAAACAAUGACUUAUACGAAACAAACAAAAUUCCAAUAGUUUUCAUCGGCCUAUUUACUCCGAUCGGUAUUUUAGGUAACUUUGUUGUAUUUUAUAUAUAUGUGUGUUGCUUAAAGAAGUCUACACUAAAUUUUUGGGUUGAAACUCUCGCACUCCUUGACUUGAUAUGUUGUUUCACUGCUUUACCAUUAUCUGUGAUAAAAUUACGAUUUCCUGUACUUCAUCCCUCGGCGAUUUUGUGCAAAUUUGAAAACUUUUCAGUCAUGUUUUAUUGUCUUGCAUCAGGACUGGUACUCACGGCUAUUUCCUAUGAAAGAUUUAACAGAAUUUGUCGACCAGAAAAGCAACAAAUUUCCAGACGAUCGGCUAUUUAUAUAACAGUUGUGGCAGGUUGCUCUUCUGUCAUUAUUUCUUUACCAGAUGCUUGGUUUUCUAAUUUGACACCAAUACAUAUUUAUGGAUUAACUAUACAAAUUUGUUCGCAAUCUAGAGCAUUAGAACAAAAUGCUGGCUUUCUUUUGAUAUUAUCAUUCAUAAUCAUCGCAAUUGGAUUCAUCGUUUUGAUGAUUGUUAUAUUAGUAUUGAACUUUUGGAUCUGGAAAACAGUCAGACAUCAUUUACGAUAUACAGAAAGCCGAACCCAUAACUUACAGAAAAUUAAGGAAACGAACAAAAAAAUCAAGAAAAUGAACAUUACAGUUUUAUGCAUAAUUAUACUAUUUUUCGUAAGUUUUACACCGGAACUUAUUGUCUACUUCCCAUUAGACAUCACUUUUACACAAAAAGGAAUAAUUGCCAAAACUUUAUUCAAACAUACGUGGGUCCUAAACUGUACAUUAAACCCUCUAGUGUACGGAUUUUUUAAUCAAGAUUUUAGAAAUGAAUUCAUGAACAUUUGGACUAAAUGUAUAAGUUGUAAAGCUGUAAUUUCCUCAAGCUCCUAAAUCCUCACAAUUUGUUAUGUGUUGUACAUGUUAACGAUCCGGAUUGCAUAUACGUAAAAAUUCGAUGUCUCAAUAAUCAUAAGAGACCACGAAAAGUUAUUUCAAAAACUGACUACACAAACAAUAAUAUUGUAAUCGUUGCUCUUACUGGCGACAAUUGGAAAAGUAGUUGUAACAUGGAACUAUGAUACCAAGUGGACAGCUUAUAUUCUUUGAAAACAGAAAUGGUUCAAAUGGCCACAAUUCAUAACUGAAAAUGCAAAUAUUUUUCACGAAAAGCUAACACAAAUUCCAUGAUAAUACAGGAUAAUGCCAGGGAAAUUAACUUACGCACAUAUAACAGCUCAAGAAGAAGAAUAUCAAGAAUUUAAAGAACAUUACAACAAUAGAAUGAAUGGUGAUGAGACACCAUUCAUCUUAAUAAAUCCAGGAAAUAUUAUACUCACAAAUUACUACCAAAUAUUAUUGUAUUGUUUAUAUCAUUAUCUAAACAUUGAUAAUGUUUUACAUCGUAUCAGUGGAAUAUCUAAUAAUAAAUAAUGGAAAAUUUCAAGUUGUAAGGAUUUUGCUACAAAUUAUAUGCUGAAACAGUUCUUUACACUGUCUGAAAAAAAUAUACCACUAAAAGCCACUAAAACAAUUCCUGUAAGACAAUAUAAUUGCUUUGCUUGCAAUAUUUUCGCUUCCAUUGAUCCAAUGUGAAUUUAUACUCUACAUGCCUGACCUUUGUUUCACUUUCUUUUUCACUUCAUGUAUUUUAAUCAUUAACUUCAUGUACGUCACUCACCACAUGCUCUUCCCUGUUUUGUUUACAAUCCUUAGUUUCGUGCUGUACAUCAUAUCCGAAAUUUUUCUUCAAUCCAUGUCUUACAUAUCAUAUAUACAUUCUCAUUCACGUUCAACACACAUUUGCUUCAAUAAUACACAUUUUACCCUCAUU